AGAUCCAGUUUGCUAAUGCGGAGGAUAAACAGGAGUUUCAGAAGUACCCCACUAAGGCCGGCCGGCGCUCCCUCUCUCGCUCCAUCUCCCAGUCCUCCACAGAUAGCUACAGCUCAGGUAGAUACCACACACACACACACACACACACACACACACACACACACACACACACACACACACACAGUACACAGGCAUGGCUCCACACAUGACUACAGCACUAAGCGCUGGUGAUUACUAAGGUAGCAAAAGUCCUCAAUCAUGGAUCAUACAUCUAUUAUCAGCUGAGAAUCCUUCUAUUAUUCAACUAAUGUUAAAAUACCAUGUCAAGCUGCUAACUACAUUGCCUACUAUAGACUGCUAUACCAGACAUCUCUUCGUUAUGUGGCUCUGACUCUUUGUUUCUCCUUCCCCCAACACAAUGUCCAGCUGCGUCCUACUCAGACAGCUCAGAUGAUGAGACCACUCCUCGGGACAAGGCCCAGACCAACUCCAAGGGCAGCAGUGACUUCUGCGUUAAGAACGUCAAACAGGCAGAGUUCGGCAGACGGGAGAUCGAGAUCGCAGAGCAAGGUGUGGAAUCACCACUGUCUUGCAUCCACUUUCAGGGAUCGUUUUGAUAGCAACUAUGGUACAUUUCAAACCAGGCCAGCCCAGUACAGCUUGCAUUGGCUGGGCUCAUUAUUGUGAAAAAGGUAUAGUGUAAGUGCUGAUUCAGGAUCAGUGGGUUAGAGGGUACAGCGAGUGCUUAGAGCUGCCAUGUAUCCAAGAUGGCGUAGCAUUGCGGUCGUAAACUCUGUUGUGUGUCCGUGUAAAUAGCCUGUUUUUUUAAAGUUUUUUUUUUCGUACCUAUUUCCCUAUCACACUUUUCAUCCUUCUACUAAAUAUACUUUCCUGCAACCCGCCUCACUCAAUGUGGAACGGAUUCUAUUAUUGACUUACCUUUUAUCUAGAAUCUCCAGUUGAAACUAGCUAACUAGCUACUUGCUAUUAGCCACCGUUAGCGGUUUUCACCCAGAACCCAGAACAUCGGAUUUUCUGCCGGAAUAACUGAAUCACUGGACAUUAACACCGGAUCGCAACUAGCUAGCCGCAACCGAAUGGAUGUUGCUGUUGGCUAAUCACCACUGCCCCCGAAGCAAGCACCAGUUAGCCUUGAGCUAGCCUCGAGCCAGGCCCAUAUCCCGACUAUCUACCUCUCUGUCUACUGGACGGGAGUAGCCAGCUAACUAGCUACUUGCUAUUAGCCACCGUUAGCGGUUUUUCACCAUUGUCCGUGGCCUGCACUACCUACCAGCCAGCUCUAGCCUGGACUAUUAUUGGCCAGUCUGCACUGUCUGCACAGCGCGUUAUCGACCCAGAACAUAUCGGUUUUUCUGCCGGAAUCACUGGACCUUUAACACCGGAUCAUCGCAACUAGCUAGCUGCAACCAAAUGGAUGUUGUUGUUGGCUAAUCAGCCUUGAGCUAGCCUCGAGUCAGGCCCAUCUCCCGGCUAUCUACCUCCUAGAGUCGACACGGAGCCCCGCCGAUCCAUCACAACUGGUCUGCCGACGUAAUCGUCUGUGGUUUCAACAUGCUUCCCAUUGCGAUGACCACGAAGAUCCAUCUGCUAGCCCCGGCCCGCUAGCACACGCAAACAACAGCCGUGCUUCCUGCUCGCUGUAGCACCAAUUCGGACUCAUGUAUUGCUGUACACUGGACCUUAUGAUCACUCAGUUGCACAGCUGAUGCCUGCUGGACUGUUCCUUUACACGGUACCCUGUCCUGUUUAUCUGUUUAGCCUCAGCCCAAACUUUCAUCGCCAUUGCCAGUUGUUGUCUUAGCGCUCUCUAAUAACACCUGUGAUUGCUUUAUGCCUCUCUCCCAUGUCAAUAUGCCUUGCCUAUUGCUGUUCCAGUUAGUUCUUAUUAUACCAUUUCACUGUAGAGCCCCAAGUCCCACUCAAACUGCCUCAAAUAGCUCCUUUGUUCCACCCCCCAUACACACAGAGACCGGCUCAAUCGGUGCCUCCAGUGAUGCUAUCUCUUUCAUUGUUACCCAACGCUUAGGUUUACCUCCACUGUACUCAUAUCCUUCCAUAUCCUUGUCUGUACAUAAUGCCCUGAAUCUAUUCUACAACUCCCGGAAAUCUGCCCCCUUUAUUGUCUGUACCCAACGCACUAGAAGACCAGUUCUUAAAGCCUUUAGCCGUAUCCUUAUUCUAUUCCUCCUCUGUUCCUCUGGUGAUGUAGAGGUUAACCCAGGCCCUGUAGCCCCCAGUAUCACUCCUAAUCCCCAGGAGCUAUCAUUUGUUGACUUCUGUAACCGUAAAAGCAUUGGUUUUUUGCAUGUUAACAUCAGAAGCCCCCUCCCUAAGUUUGAGUUAUUCACUGCGUUAGCACACUCCGCCAACCCUGAUGUUCUAGCAGUGUCUGAAUCCUGGCUUAGGAAGGUCACCAAAAAUUCAGAAAUGUCCAUCCCCAACUACAACAUUUCCCCUCUAGAUAGAACUGCCAAAGGGGGUGGAGUUAGCCUGCAGAGCUCUAUCAUACUAUCCAGGUCUGUGCCCAAACAGUUUGGGCUCCUACUUCUAAAAUUCCACCUUUCCAGAAAUAAGUCUCUCACUGUUGCUGCUUGCUACAGACCCCCCUCAGCCCCCAGCUGUGCCCUGGACACCAUAUGUGAAUUGAUUGCCCCCCAUCUAUCCUCAGAGUUCGUACUGCUUGGUGACCUAAACUGGGAUAUGCUUAACACCCCGGCCAUCCUACAAUCCAAACUAUAUGCCCUGAAUCUCACACAAAUGAUCAAGGAACCUACAAGGUACAACCCUAAAUCCGUAAACAUGGGUACCCUCAUAGAUAUCAUCCUGACUAACUUACCCUCUAAAUACACCUCCGCUGUCUUCAACCAGGAUCUCAGCGAUCACUGCCUUAUUGCCUGCGUCCGUAACGGGUCCGCGGUCAAACGACCACCCCUCAUAACUGUCAAAUGCUCCCUAAAACACUUUAGAGAGCAGGCCUUCCUAAUUGACCUGGCCCGGGUAUCCUGGAUGGAUAUCGAUCUCAUUCCGUCAGUAGAGGAUGCCUGGUUGUUCUUUAAAAGUGCUUUCCUCUCAAUCUUAAAUAAGCAUGCCCCAUUCAAAAAAUUCAUAACUAAGAACAGAUAUAGCCCCUGGUUCUCCUCAGACUUGACUGCCCUUGACCAGCACAAAAAUAUCCUGUGGCGUACUGCAUUAGCAUCGAAUAGCCCCCGCGAUAUGCAACUUUUCAAGGAAGUUAGGAAAGUAAAGGCUAGCUUUUUCAAACAGAAAUUUGCAUCCUGUAGCACUAACUCCAAAAAGUUUUGGGACACUGUAAAGUCCAUGGAGAAUAAGAGCACCUUCUCCCAGCUGCCCACUCCACUGAGGCUAGGAAACACUAUCACCACCGAUAAAUCUACAAUAAUCGAGAAUUUCAACAAGCAUUUUGCUACGGCUGGCCAUGCUUUCCACCUGGCUACCACUACCCCCCGGCCACCAGCUCUGCACCCUCCGCUGCAACUUGCCCCCCCCCCCCCCCCCCCCCCCCCUCCCCCCCGCUUCUCCUUCACACAAAUUCAGACAGCUGAUGUUCUGAAAGAGCUGCAAAAUCUGGACCCCUACAUAUCAUCUGGGCUAGACAAUCUGGACUCUUUCUAAAAUUAGCCGCUGAAAUUGUCGCAACCCCUAUUAAUAGCCUGUUCAACCUCUCUUUCGUAACGUCUGAGAUCCCCAGAGAUUGGAAAGCUGCCGCGGUCAUCCCCCUCUUCAAAGGGAAUGACACUCUAGAUCCAAACUGUUACAGACCUAUAUCCAUCCUGCCCUGCCUUUCGAAAGUUUUUGAAAGCCAAGUUAACAAACAGAUCACCGACCAUUUCGAAUCACACCGUACCUUCUCCGCUAUGCAAUCCGGUUUCCGAGCUGGUCAUGGGUGCACCUCAGCCACGCUCAAGGUCCUAAACGAUAUUAUAACCGCAAUCGAUAAUAGACAGUACUGUGCAGCCAUCUUCAUCGACCUGGCCAAGGCUUUCGACUCUGUCAACCACUGCAUUCUUAUUGGCAGACUAAAUAGCCUUGGUUUCUCAAAUGACUGCCUCGCCUGGUUCACCAACUACUUCUCAGAAAAAGUUCAAUGUGUCAAAUCGGAGGGCCUGUUGUCUGGACCUAUGGCAGUCUCUAUGGGGGUGCCACAGGGUUCAAUUCUUGGGCCGACUCUUUUCUCUGUCUAUAUCAAUGAUGUCGCUCUUGCUGCUGGUGAUUCUCAGAUCCACCUCUACGCAGACGACACCAUUUUGUAUACAUCUGGCCCUUCAUUGGACACUGUGUUAACAAACCUCCAAACGAGCUUCAAUUCCAUACAACACUCUUUCCGUAGCCUCUAACUGCUUUUAAACACAAGUAAAACUAAAUGAAUGCUCUUCAAUCGAACGCUGCUGGCACCCACCCACCCGACUAGAAUCACUACUCUCGACGGGUCUGACCUAGAGUAUGUGGACAACUACAAAUACCUAGAUGUCUGGUUAGACUGUAAACUCUCCUUCCAGACUCACAUUAAGCAUCUCCAAUCCAAAGUUAAAUCUAGAAUCGGCUUCCUAUUUCGCAACAAAGCCUCCUUCACUCAUGCUGCCAAACAUGCCCUCGUAAAACUGACUAUCCUACCGAUCCUUGACUUCGGCAAUGUCAUUUACAAAAUAGCCUCCAACACUCUACUCAGCAAAUUGGAUGUAGUCUAUCACAGUGCCAUCCGUUUUGUCACCAAAGCCCCAUAUACUACCCACCACUGUGACCUGUACGCUCUUGUUGGCUGGUCCUCACUACAUGUUCGUCGUCAAACCCACUGGCUCCAGGCCAUCUAUAAAUCACUGCUAGGCAAAUCCCCGCCUUAUCUUAGCUCAUUGGUCACCAUAACAACACCCACCCGUAGUAUGCGCUCCAGCAGGUAUAUCUCACUGGUCAUCCCCAAAGCCAACACCUCCUUUGGCCGCCAUUCCUUCCAGUUCUCUGCUGCCAAUGACUGGAACGAACUGCAAAAAUCUCUGAAGCUGGAGACUCUUAUCUCCCUCACUAACUUUAAGCAUCAGUUGUCAGAGCACCUUACCGAUUACUGCACCUGUACACAGCCCAUCUGAGUUGCAGUGAAGGGAAAUCUUAAUGCUACAGUAUACAAUGAUAUUCUAGACUAUUCUGUGCUUCCAACUUUGUGGCAACAGUUUGGGGAAGGCCCUUUCCUGUUUCAGCAUGACAAUGCCCCCGUGUACAAAGCGAGGUCCAUAAAGAAAUUGUUUGUCGAGAUCGGUGUGGAAGAACUUGACUAGCCUGCACAGAGCCCUGACCUCAACCCCAUCAAACACCUUUGGGAUGAAUUGGAAGGCCGACUGCGAGCCAGGCCUAAUCGCCCAACAUCAGUGCCCGACCUCACUAAUGCUCUUGUGGCUGAAUGGAAGCAAGUCCCGCAGCAAUGUUCCAACAUCUAGUUGAAAGCCUUCCCAGAAGAGUGGAGGCAGUUAUAGUAGCAAAUGGGGGACCAAAUCCAUAUUAAUGCCCAUGAUUUUGGAAUGAGAUGUUUGAUGAGCAGGUGUCCACAUACUUUUGGUCAUGUAGUGUACAUCCAUUCAUUUUUUAAAACUGGUACCAGGCUACCUUCAGACAAGUCUUGUGAGGUUUGUGGGCGUUCCUAGAGAAAAACAACAGUCAUGCACGUGUUCAUGAGAGUCUCAUCUUUCCAUAGAGUGGUCAUCUCUGGCUGUAUAGACAGUAUCUCUCUGGUUGUAUAGACAGUAUCUCUCUCAGGCUGUGCAGACCUAGGUGAUGAGGAAGUGCUUCGCUGCCUGUGGUUUUACAUGAAUUGUGCUCCAUCUGUCAUUACCUUCCCUAGCCUCUUUCAUAUUUAUUCCUGCUUCUCCUAUCCUAUCCUCGUCUCUGUUUUACUGUUUCGCUCUCCCAAAUCCUUAACCUCUCACCUCUAUCCCUCUAUAUCGCCCUCCCUCCCUCCCCCUCUCUUCCCUCCAUCUCCCCACAGAUAUGUCAGCCCUGAUCUCCCUGAGAAAGAGAGCCCAGGCGGAGAAGCCUCUAGCUGGGGCGAAGAUAGUGGGCUGCACCCACAUCACAGCUCAGACUGCAGUAGGUUAUCUUGCUCUCUCCUCCACCAUACACCAUCUUAGAUCCGUAGACCUACAGUAUAUGAGAAGCCUCUAGCUGGGGCGAAGAUAGUGGGCUGCACCCACAUCACAGCUCAGACUGCAGUAGGUUAUCUUGCUCUCUCCUCCACCAUACACCAUCUUAGAUCCAUAGACCUACUGUAUAUGAGAAGCCUCUAGCUGGGGCGAAGAUAGUGGGCUGCACCCACAUCACAGCUCAGACUGCAGUAGGUUAUCUUGCUCUCUCCUCCACCAUACACCAUCUUAGAUCCAUAGACCUACAGUAUAUGAGAAGCCUCUAGCUGGGGCGAAGAUAGUGGGCUGCACCCACAUCACAGCUCAGACUGCAGUAGGUUAUCUUGCUCUCUCCUCCACCAUACACCAUCUUAGAUCCAUAGACCUACAGUAUAUGAGAAGCCUCUAGCUGGGGCGAAGAUAGUGGGCUGCACCCACAUCACAGCUCAGACUGCAGUAGGUUAUCUUGCUCUCUCCUCCACCAUACACCAUCUUAGAUCCAUAGACCUACAGUAUAUGAGAAGCCUCUAGCUGGGGCGAAGAUAGUGGGCUGCACCCACAUCACAGCUCAGACUGCAGUAGGUUAUCUUGCUCUCUCCUCCACCAUACACCAUCUUAGAUCCAUAGACCUACAGUAUAUGAGAAGCCUCUAGCUGGGGGCGAAGAUGGUGGUCUCCUCCAGUAUACAAUCAUACUGUCUUUGACUUUCCUGACUGUCAAAUGAAUCAGACAUUCAGUGAUGAGGAACAGUUCGGCUUAAAGCACUUUGCUCCAGACAUGGCAGAGUACAGCUUGAUAGAUAGAUUUUUGUGUUAUUGUUGAUGGUUUACAUUUACCUCAAUGUAAGAGCUUAUCGUGUGUGUGUGUGUGUGUUGCCCCCAGGUUCUGAUAGAGACCCUGGUAGCUCUUGGAGCUCAGUGUCGUUGGACAGCCUGUAACAUCUACUCUACUCAGAACGAGGUGGCUGCUGCCCUGGCAGAGACUGGUGAGAACACACAUCACAUAGUGGACCCUCUCUCUCUCUCUCUCUCUCUCUCUCUCUCUAUCUCCUCUCUCUCUCUCUCUCUCUCUCUCUCUACUCUCUCUCUCUCUCUCUCUCUCUCUCUCUCUCUCUCUCCUCUCUCUCUCUCUCUCUCUCUCUCUCUCUCUCUAUCUCUCUCUCUCUCUCUCUCUCUCUCUCUCUCUCUCUCUCUCUCUCUCUCUCUCUCUCUCUCUGUCUGUGUCUGUCUGUCUGUCUGUCUCUCUCGCUUUCGGUCUCUUUCUGUCUGUCUCUAUCGCUUUCGGUCUCUUUCUGUCUGUCUCUCUCGCUUUCGGUCUCUCUCUCUCUCUCUUCCUCUUCCUCUCUCUCUCUAUCUUCUUCUCCUCUUUCUCUCUCUCUCGCGUUCUGUCUCUCUUGCUUUCUGUCUCUUUCUGUCUCUGUCGCUUUCUGUCUUUCUCUCUUUGUCUCUCUCUCUCUUCCUCUCUCUCAUCCUCUCUCUCUCUCCUCUCCCCUACAGGUGUGCCUGUGUUUGCGUGGAAGGGCGAGUCAGAGGAUGACUUUUGGUGGUGCAUCGACCGCUGUGUCAACAAAGAAGGCUGGCAGGCCAACAUGGUACCUAAACUACUAAACCAUUCAAUAAUAGACUUGACGUCAGACCUGGGUCAAAUAUUUAUUAUAUGUAUGCACUUGAGACGUGCUUGAUUUAACUUGCCAGGCACAAUUUAACCAUUUGGAAUAGUCCCAUUACUGAAAACUCCAUACUGGGCAAGCAAAAUCAUGCACACCUCAGGUAUUUCAGAUAUUGGAAAUGCACACACAUUCACCCCGAGGUCUGCUUGACAUUGAUCAUGCAGUGAUGCCCCACCCCCACUGUGGAAGGUGAUUGUUGACGCCACCAUCUAAUCUAUUACCAUUGUGCUGUCGUUGUUAGAUCCUGGAUGACGGAGGGGAUCUGACCCACUGGGUUUAUAAGAAGUACCCCAGCGUGUUCAAGAAGGCUCAGGGCAUCGUGGAGGAGAGUGUCACUGGGGUCCACAGGUGAGAAAUAGCCUUCCCAAAACAUUGGUCACAUACAUCCACAGCAAGGAGAGACAUUUUGGAACUUUUUGUCAUUGGUCCAGUUUCUCCUCCGUUGUCAUUGGUCCAGUUUCUCCUCCGUUGUCAUUGGUCCAGUUUCUCCUCCGUUGUCAUUGGUCCAAGUUUCUCCUCCGUUGUCAUUGGUCCAAGUUUAUCCUCCGUUGUCAUUGGUCCAAGUUUAUCCUCCGUUGUCAUUGGUCCAAGUUUAUCCUCCGUUGUCAUUGGUCCAAGUUUAUCCUCCGUUGUCAUUGGUCCAAGUUUAUCCUCCGUUGUCAUUGGUCCAAGUUUAUCCUCCGUUGUCGUUGGUCCAGUUUAUCCUCCGUUGGUCUGUGGCUCACCUAAAGGUCUUUCUUCUUUCCAAUCCUUUACCCUCAGGCUGUACCAGCUGUCCAAGGCAGGCAAGCUGUGUGUCCCGGCCAUGAACGUGAACGACUCUGUUACCAAGCAGAAGUUUGACAACCUCUACUGCUGCAGAGAGUCCAUCCUGGACGGGUGAGGAGGAGUUGUCAUGUAGAAUAUAAUAAAGGAACGUUAACAACUGUCCUUUCUUUGACCUUUUUUUCUAGUAAUAGAAUAAUAACACUGAUAUGAAAUAUCUUACUUCAUGGAAUCACAACUAUGUCCCCAAGCAGAUCACAGAGUGGUUUUAGAGUUUGUGUUUAGUUUGUGAUAGUUGUCAUACCUGGCUUACCUGGUUAAAUAAAGGUGGAAUAAAAAAUAAUAAUAAUAAUAGACAACCUUCUAAUCUAAAUAAUGUAUUUCCCUUCUUGUUGCAGUUUGAAGAGGACCACUGAUGUGAUGUUUGGGGGGAAACAGGUGGUGGUGUGCGGUUAUGGAGAGGUGGGGAAGGGUUGCUGUUCUGCUCUGAAGGCCAUGGGAGCCAUCGUCUGCAUCACAGAGAUAGACCCCAUCUGUGCCCUGCAGGGCUGGUAAGAAACCCCUGGGGCAACAUUUUACUCUUCUUAAAAUUAUAUUUUUUUACAAUUCAAUAGUGGUGUCAUUAUUGGGAAUGUUUUUGGAAUUAUUUUUCUUCUACACGAUAGCAUGGAUGGGUUCAGGGUGGUCAAGCUGAAUGAAGUCAUUCGCCAGAUGGAUAUUGUGAUAACCUGCACAGGUAAACUAGAAACCAAUCAAAUCAAUCAAUUAUAUAUAUAUAUAUAUAUAUAUAUAUAUAUAUAUAUAUAUAUAUAUAUAUAUAUAUAUAUAUAUAUACAUACAGUGGGGAGAACAAGUAUUUGAUACCACUGCCGAUUUUGCAGGUUUUCCUACUUACAAAGCAUGUAGAGGUCUGUCAUUUUUAUCAUAGGUACACUUCAACUGUGAGAGACAGAAUCUAAAACAAAAAUCCAGAAAAUCACAUUGUAUGAUUUUUAAGUAAUUAAUUUGCAUUUUAUUGCAUGACAUAAGUAUUUGAUCACCUACCAACCAGUAAGAAUUCCGGCUCUCACAGACCUGUUAGUUUUUCUUUAAGAAGCCCUCCUGUUCUCCACUCAUUACCUGUAUUAACUGCACCUGUUUGAACUCGUUACCUGUAUAAAAGACACCUGUCCACACACUUAAUCAAACAGGCUCCAACCUCUCCACAAUGGCCAAGACCAGAGAGCUGUGUAAGGACAUCAGGGAUACAAUUGUAGACCUGCACAAGGCUGGGAUGGGCUACAGGACAAUAGGCAAGCAGCUUGGUGAGAAGGCGCAAUUAUUAGAAAAUGGAAGAAGUUCAAGAUGACGGUCAAUCACCCUCGGUCUGUGGCUCCAUGCAAGAUCUCACCUCGUGGGGCAUCAAUGAUCAUGAGGAAGGUGAGGGAUCAGCCCAGAACUACACGGCAGGACCUGGUCAAUGACCUGAAGAGAGCUGGGACCACAGUCUCAAAGAAAAGCAUUAGUAACAUACUACGCCGUCAUGGAUUCAAAUCCUGCAGCGCACGCAAGGUCCCCCUGCUCAAGCCAGCGCAUGUCCAGGCCCGUCUGAAGUUUGCCAAUGACCAUCUGGAUGAUCCAGAGGAGGAAUGGGAGAAGGUCAUGUGGACUGAUGAGACAAAAAUAGAGCUUUUUGGUCUAAACUCCACUCGCCGUGUUUGGAGGAAGAAGAAGGAUGAGUACAACCCCAAGAACACCAUCCCAACCGUGAAGCAUGAAGGUGGAAACAUCAUUCUUUGGGGAUGCUUUUCUGCAAAGGGGACAGGACGACUGCACCGUAUUGAGGGGAGGAUAGAUGGGGCCAUGUAUCACGAGAUCUUGGCCAACAACCUCCUUCCCUCAGUAAGAGCAUUGAAGAUGGGUCAUGGCUGGGUCUUCCAGCAUGACAACGACCCGAAACACACAGCCAGGGCAACUAAGGAGUGGCUCCGUAAGAAGCAUCUCAAGAUCCUGGAGUGGCCUAGCCAGUCUCCAGACCUGAACCCAAUAGAAAAUCUUUGGAGGGAGCUGAAAGUCCAUAUUGCCCAGCGACAGCCCCGAAACCUGAAGGAUCUGGAGAAGGUCUGUAUGGAGGAGUGGGCCAAAAUCCCUGCUGCAGUCUGUGCAAACCUGGUCAAGACCUACAGGAAACGUAUGAUCUCUGUAAUUGCAAACAAAGGUUUCUGUACCAUAUAUUAAGUUCUGCUUUUCUGAUGUAUCAAAUACUUAUGUCAUGCAAUAAAAUGCAAAUUAAUUACUUAAAAAUCAUACAAUAUGAUUUUCUGGAUUCCGUCUCUCACAGUUGAAGUGUACCUCUGAUAAUAAUUACAGACCUCUAAAUGCUUUGUAAGUGGGAAAACCUGCAAAAUCGGCAGUGUAUCAAAUACUUGUUCUCCCCACUGUAUAUAUAUUCCUAAAGUCAUUUUCACAUCAUCAGUUGUCACAAAGGGCUUUACAGUAACUCGGCCUAGAGGGGCGAGCAGAACCACAGUGGUCCGGAAAGCAGACAGGUUUUAUUCUAUUUCACUGAUAAUCAUAAAACUAUCUUCAAAUUGAAAUAACCCAGCAGAUGUCCAUGUUUAUGACUCAGCUUUUAUCCACCAGACGUCAAGCCAGUGGUCACCUGUUUAAACCACUCAGUAUCUUUAUCAAACCAGUUGGUGACUCACUUCAUAACAGAUUACAUUAAGUAUUCUCUCUCUCUCUCUCUCUCUCUCUCUGUCUCUCUGUCUCCCUGUCUCUCUGUCUCUCUGCUCUCUCUGUCUCUCUCUCUCCCUCUCUGUCUCCCUCUCUGUCUAUCUCUCUGUCUCUCUCUCUGUCUCUCUCUCUGUCUCUCUCUCUGUCUCUCUCUCUGUCUCUCUCUCUGUCUCUCUGUCUCUCUGUCUCUCUCUCUCUCCCUCUCUGUCUCUCUCUCUCUCUCUCUCUCUGUCUCUCUGUCUCUCUGUCUCUCUGUCUCUCUGUCUCUCUGUCUCUCUCCCUCUCUGUCUCUCUCUGUCUCUCUCUCUGUCUCUCUCUGUGUAUUACCGAUGACUUUUCAAUCAGAGCUCAGAUGAACAAGGAGGACUGACUGUGUUGUGUUGUUGUUGUGAUGUCACUCAGGCAAUAAGAACGUGGUGACCAGAGAGCAGCUGGACCGGAUGAAGAACGGAUGUAUAGUCUGCAACAUGGGACAUUCCAAUACUGAGAUUGAUGUGGUGAGUUACUUUUACGUGGGUGGGUGGGUGUUCUGCUGCUCUGUCACUAACCGCUGGGUCUGGUCUCUCUCCCUGCUAGGCCAGCCUGCGGAGCCCGGAGCUCACCUGGGAAAGGGUGCGUUCUCAGGUGGACCAUGUGAUCUGGCCCGACGGCAAGAGGGUCAUCCUGCUGGCUGAGGUACUGAAUACACCACACACACACACAGUACCUGGUCCUGUUGGCUGAGGUAUGGUACCUGGUCCUGUUGGCUGAGGUAUGGUACCUGGUCCUGUUGGCUGAGGUAUGGUACCUGGUCCUGUUGGCUGAGGUACGGUACCUGGUCCUGUUGGCUGAGGUACGGUACCUGGUCCUGUUGGCUGAGGUACGGUACCUGGUCCUGUUGGCUGAGGUACGGUACCUGGUCCUGUUGGCUGAGGUACGGUACCUGGUCCUGUUGGCUGAGGUAUGGUACCUGGUCCUGUUGGCUGAGGUACGGUACCUGGUCUGUCCUGUUGGCUGAGGUUAUGGUACCUGGUCCUGUUGGCUGAGGUAUGGUACCCGGUCCUUUGGCUGAGGGUUGGUCCUGAGGUAUGGGACCUGGUCCUGUUGGCUGAGGUAUGGUACCUGGUCCUGUUGGCUGAGGUAGAUGACCUGGUCCUGUUGGCUAUGGAGGUAGAUGACCUGGUCCUGUUGGCUGAGGUAGGUUACCUGGUCCUGUUGGCUGAGGUAGGUUACCUGGUCCUGUUGGCUGAGGUAGAUGACCUGGUCCUGUUGGCUGAGGUAUGGUACCUGGUCCUGUUGGCUGAGGUAGAUGACCUGGUCCUGUUGGCUGAGGUAGAUGACUGGUCCUGUUGGCUGAGGUAGAUGACCUGGUCCUGUUGGCUGAGGUAGAUGACCUGGUCCUGUUGGCUGAGGUAGAGUACCUGGUCCUGUUGGCUGAGGUAGAUGACCUGGUCCUGUUGGCUGAGGUAGAUGACCUGGUCCUGUUGGCUGAGGUAGAUGACCUGGUCCUGUUGGCUGAGGUAGAUGACCUGGUCCUGUUGGCUGAGGUAGAUGACCUGGUCCUGUUGGCUGAGGUAGAUGACCUGGUCCUGUUGGCUGAGGUAGAUGACCUGGUCCUGUUGGCUGAGGUAGAUGACCUGGUCCUGUUGGCUGAGGUACCUGGGUCUAUUGGCUGAGGUACCUGGGUCUAUUGGCUGAAGUAGAGUACCUGGGUCCUUCCACCAAAAGUGCCUUUUGCGUCAAUAUUGAAUUUUAAAAGCCUGUAAUAUUAAAUGAAGUGCCCUUUAAUAUAGACCACAUGAAUAAAGACUUGCUGAAGUGCCACAAUUCAGCAUUUUGACAUGUCCCUCUGUGCAUCCUCUUUGACUUCUCGGAAGAUUUGAACCCACUUAACCCCAACAUUUCUCCCAAGCUUCACCAUCAUUGUAAAGCCCUAGUUAUUUUGUUGCUUUGACAAAGUCAUUUCUGAAGAUUAUUAUUUAUUUCAUGUGAUUUAGUGAUUCAUUUACGUCUGUCCCUCAUUUUAAGGUCAACCCCUUUUACGUGAACUGAACUCUCGUUUUUAAUAGGGUGACACUAUUCAUUUUUUUAAAUAUUUUUUUUCUAAAGAAAUAUUGAACAUUGAAAUCAGGCGAUCUCGUUCUACUCUUUUUGGCCAUUUUCUGGUGUUUUUGUGGUGGAAACCCUGUUAACCCUGAUACCUACCCAUAGAUAAGACCGGCUAGAAAUGUUUGAACAAUUUAAUUUUUUUGGUGAAGCUUGCAUCCUUACUAGAUGGCCGCCAUUUUGCAAGCUCCGACCCAACUUUGCUAUUUUGUAGUUUAUUUUUACUUAUUUUCACUAAAUGUAUCCGCGAUCAUUUCUUACAACCGACAAUAACUUUUGAACAUCAGAUCAGCAGUUACUUACCUCAAUUUCAGCUUCAACUUCGACUCAUCUGCACUGGGCACUUUCUGUAAUUCCGACCCAAUUUUCGGGCUACCCAAGAGGAAACGCCGACGUUACAGAGGCAAGAGAGGGGGGGGAUCCUGGAGAGAUUAAGGCUAAGGGAUAACCGGCCUCCUCCUCACUCAAUGCUGUUGUACAGUCACUUGAUAAUAAGAUGGAUGACCUCCGAUCGCAGAUUUGCUACCAACGGGAUUACGAAACUGUAAUAUUCUUUUGCUUUUCUGAAACAUGGCUCUUGCACAAGAUACCAUAACAACCAAUAACAACAUCGUGCUGGGUAAUGAGGGCCGCCACUGACCCAGAGGACUGGGUGAUCUCGAUCUCCGAGGUCGACGUGACUAAGGUCUUUAGUCAGGUCAACACCCACUAGGCCGCGGGGCCUGACGGUAUUCCAGGGCGUGUUCUCAGAGCAUGUGCAGAACAGCUGGCAGGCGUAUUCACAGUCAUUUUCAACCUCUCCUUGUCCCAGUCUGUAAUCAUCCACAUGUUUUAAGAUGACCACCAUCAUUCCUGUUCCUAAGAACUCUAAGGCUUCAUGCCACAAUGACUACCGCCUUGUAGCACUCACAUCUGUAAUCAUGAAGCCUUAGAGUUCUUAGGAACAGGAAUGAUGGUGGUCUCCUGAUUGGCGCAGUGGUCUAAGGCACUGCAUCGCAGUGCUAGCUGUGCCACUAGAGAUCCUGGUUCGAAUCCAGGCUCUGUCGUAGCCGGCCGUGACCGGGAGACCCAUGGGGCGGCGCGCAAUUGGCCCAGCGUCGUCCAGGGUAGGGGAGGGAAUGGCCGGCAGGGAUGUAGCUCAGUUGAUAGAGCAUGGCGUUUGCAACGCCAGGGUUGUGGGUUUGAUUCCCACGGGGGGCCAGUAUAAAAAAGAUAUGUAUUCACUAACUGUAAGUCGCUCUGGAUAAGAGCGUCUGCUAAAUGACUAAAAUGUAAAAUGUAAAUGUAAUGAAGCGCCGUGAGAGGCUGGUUAUGACAUACAUCAACUCCAUCAUCCCAGACACCCUAGACCCACUCCAAUUUGCAUUUUGCCCCAGCAGAAUCGUAGACGACGCAAUCUCAAUUGCAUUCCACAUUGCCCUCUCCCACCUGGACAAGAGGAACACCUAUGUGAUAACGCUGUUCAUUGACUACAGCUCAGCAUUCAACACCAUUGUCCCCUCCAAGCUCGUCACCAUGCUUAGGACCCUGGGAAUGAACACCUUCCUCUGCAACUGGAUCCUGGACUUCCUGACGGGCCGACCCCAGGUGAUGAGGGUAGGCAACAUCACCUCCGCCACGCUGACACUCGUCAUGGGGGACCCACAGGGGUGUGUGUGCUUAGUCCCCUCCUGUACUCCCUGUUCACCCAUGACGACAUGGCCAUGCACGACUCCAACACCAUCAAGUUUUCUGACAACAUGACGGUGGUAAGCCUGAUCACCGGCGACGAUGAGACAGCCUACAGGGUGGAGGUCAGUGACCUGGCAGUGUGGUGCCAGGACAACAACCUCUCCCUCAACGUCAGUAAGACCAGGGAGCUGAUUGUGGAGUACAGAAAGGGGGGGGGGGGCUCUUCCCCUCAAGAGGUUGAAAAGGUUUGGCAUAGGCCCUCAAAUCCUCAAAACGUUCUACAGCUGCACCACUGAGAGCAUCUUGACCGGCUGCAUCACCUCUUGGUUUGGAAACAGCACCGCCCUCGAUCUCAUGGCGCUACAGAGGGUCGUGCAGACAGCCCAAGUACACCACUGGGACCGAGCUCCCUGCCAUCCAGGACCUCUAUACCUAGGCGGUGUAAGAGGAAGGCCCGGAAAAUCGUUAAAGACUCCAGCCACCCAAGCCAUAGACUGUUCUCUCUACUUCCGCACGCCAAGCGGUACCGAUGCAAGUCUGACACCAACAGGCUCCAGGCAGCUUCUGUCCCCAAGCCAUAAGACUGCUAAAUAGCUAACAAAAUGGCUACACUGACUAUCUGAGUUGACCCUUGUAUGAAUAUAUUUCUCUAUUGUUACAGGCUUUUGUUUUUCCAUUUAUGUUUUGAGGUUGUACUUUAGCACGUAUAGGUCGUUAGCACGUGGAGCGCAAUGAUUGGUGUCACCUCGUUAGUCAGUAUGUGUUACACCUGUACUGGUUCCGAUCUCGUUAGUGGGAAGGUGUUUCACCUGUGCUGGCCCAGGAGCUAUUUAAGAGUGUCUGGUCCAGUGCUCCAGUUGUUUUGAUAGAUGUGGAGGGUUGACUCCUUUUAGUUGUCUUGAUAGAUGUGGAGGGUUGACUCCUUUAGUUGUCUUGUUAGAUGUUGCGGGUUAACACCUUUUAGUUGUCUUGAUGCGGAGGGUUAACUGCUUUAGUUGUCUUGAUAGAUGUGGAGGGUUAACUGCUUUAGUUGUCUUCAUAGAUGUGGAGGGUUGACUCCUUUAGUUGUCUUGAUAGAUGUGGAGGGUUAACUCCUUUUAGUUGUCUUGAUAGAUGUGGAGGGUUGACUCAUUUAGUUGUCUUGAUAGAUGUGGAGGGUUGACUCCUUUUGUUGUCUUGAUAGAUGUGGAGGGUUGACUCCUUUUGUUGUCUUGAUAGAUGUGGAGGGUUGACUCCUUUAGUUGUCUUGAUAGAUGUGGAGGGUUGACUCCUUUAGUGUCUUGAUAGAUGUGGAGGGUUAACUCCUUUUAGUUGUCUUGAUAGAUGUGGAGGGUUGACUCAUUUAGUUGUCUUGAUAGAUGUGGAGGGUUGACUCCUUUAGUUGUCUUGAUAGAUGUGGAGGGUUGACUCCUUUAGUUGUCUUGAUAGAUGUGGAGGGUUGACUCCUUUUGUUGUCUUGAUAGAUGUGGAGGGUUGACUCCUUUAGUUGUCUUGAUAGAUGUGGAGGGUUAACUGCUUUAGUUGUCUUGAUAGAUGUGGAGGGUUAACACCUUUUUAGUUGUCUUGAUAGAUGUUGAGGGUUAACAUCUUUAGUUGUCUUGUUAGAUGUUGCGGGUUAACACCUUUUAGUUGUCUUGAUGCGGAGGGUUAACUGCUUUAGUUGUCUUGAUAGAUGUGGAGGGUUAACUGCUUUAGUUGUCUUCAUAGAUGUGGAGGGUUGACUGCUUUAGUUGUCUUGAUAGAUGUGGAGGGUUAACUCAUUUAGUUGUCUUGAUAGAUGUGGAGGGUUAACUGCUUUAGUUGUCUUGAUAGAUGUGGAGGGUUGACUCCUUUAGUUGUCUUGAUAGAUGUGGAGGGUUAACUGCUUUAGUUGUCUUCAUAGAUGUGGAGGGUUAACACCUUUAGUUGUCUUGAUAGAUGUGGAGGGUUAACACCUUUAGUUGGCUCUCCCUAUUUUGAUUUCUAGACAAAAAAUAUAUUAUCUGAUUUCAUUUUAGUCCACCUUUUUGGUUUGCUUCCUGUCUUUAAGUUUGGUGUGGGUUUUUACUUUGUGUACCUGUUAAUAAUAAUAAUAAUAAUAAUAUAAUAAUAAUAAUAUGCCAUUUAGCAGACGCUUUUAUCCAAAGCGACUUAGUCAUGUGUGCAUACAUUUUUACGUAUGGGUGGUCCCGGGGAUCGAACCCACUACCCUGGCGUUACAAGCGCCGUGCUCUACCAAUUGGGCAAAUUUAGUGGGUGCUCGUGGUGGGUGUCUUUUAGGUCUCAGUUGUUGUUGUUAGUCAACUUUCAGUGGACACCCCCGUGAGUGUCUUUCAGAACCCCUCCUAUAAAAACCCACCUGUUUCGUUUUGGUUGUCGUCAGUGACGCUUUAGUUCCCCUUUCUGUUUGAGUGAACGUAACACUAUGUACUCUCACAGGGCCCUCUUCUGGCUGUGCCGGGGGGAGAUUAGAAGAGGACAUGGCCGUUAAGGCCAGAUCGUUCUUCAAGAUGUUCAAACGUUCAUAGAUUACCACUCACUUCAUCACACACACACACACAUAAUAUACAUGUAUUUAUACUGACUCUACACACACUCGCAUACAAUCGUCAUAUACACUGCUUCUACUCUAUUUAUCAUAUAUCCUGAUGCCUAGUCACUUUACCCCUAUACAUAUCUACCUCCAUCACUCCAGUAUCCCCUGCACAUUGUUAAUAUGGUACUGGAACUGACCCUGUAUAUAGUCACUUUACCCCUAUACAUAUCUACCUCCAUCACUCCAGUAUCCCUGCACAUUGUUAAUAUGGUACUGGAACUGACCCUGUAUAUAGUCACUUUACCCCUAUACAUAUCUACCUCCAUCACUCCAGUAUCCCUGGACAUUGUUAAUAUGGUACUGGAACUGACCCUGUAUAUAGUCACCUUACCCCUAUACAUAUCUACCUCCAUCACUCCAGUAUCCCUGCACAUUGUUAAUAUGGUACUGGAACUGACCCUGUAUAUAGUCACUUUACCCCUAUACAUAUCUACCUCCAUCACUCCAGUAUCCCCUGCACAUUGUUAAUAUGGUACUGGAACUGACCCUGUAUAUAGUCACUUUACCCCUAUACAUAUCUACCUCCAUCACUCCAGUAUCCCUGCACAUUGUUAAUAUGGUACUGGAACUGACCCUGUAUAUAGUCACCUUACCCCUAUACAUAUCUACCUCCAUCACUCCAGUAUCCUGCACAUUGUUAAAUGACUGAAAAUGACCCUGUAAUUAGUUUCACCUUACCCCUUAUACAUAUUACCCUAAUUACUCAGGUAUCCCUGACUGUUAACUGGAACUGACCCUGUAUAUACUAUGCUUGCUUACUUUAUUAUGUUCUUCUUUUUAUUUCUCGUGUGUUUUUCUUCUACCUUAUGUUAUUUUUAAUAUUACAUUGAUAUUGAUCACUGCAUUGUUGGGUUCAGAGCUUACUUAAAAGUAACAAUAAAAGACCACUCUAAAAUGUGCCGUUUUGUCACACAACUCAAUGCCACAGAUGUCUCAAGUUUUGAGGGAGCGUGCAAUUGUCAUGCUGACUGCAGAAAUGUCCAAUAGAGCUGUUGCCAGAGAAUUUAAUGUUCAUUUCUCUACCAUAAGCCUCCUCCAACGUCGUUUUAGAGAAUUUGGCAGUACAUCCAACCGGCCUCACAACCGCAGUCCACGUGUAACCACGCCAGCCCAGGAACUCCACAUCAGGCUUCUUCACCUGCGGGAUCGUCUGAGGAGGGGGAAGGGAGGGGGGGGAUGCUCAGGAGUAUUUCUGUCUGUAAUAAAGUUAUUUUGUGGGGAAAAACUCAUUCUGAUUGGCUGGGCCUGGCUCCCCAGUGGGUGGACAUGGCUCCCAAGUGGGUGGGCCAAUCCCAGGGCCCACCUCAGGGAAAAGCUAAACCCUUCUAGUGUACAAAUACUUCAUUGGAGGUUUCCAAUGAAUUCCUGGUGACCUUUGUCACCUUUGCAGUCCCAACUGAUUAAUUGGAAUGGUAACAAAUACUUUGUUAUAGUCCACUACCCUGUAUCACUUACUCAGCUGCUUGUUAAUAUGGUUGGAACUGACCUGUUAUAGUACUUUACCCCUAUGGAUAUCUACCUCCAUCACUCCAGUAUCCCCUGGACAGUGUUAAUAUGGUACUGGAAUGCCUGUAUAUGGUCUUUCAGCCUAUCGGGUAUCAUUACCUCGAUUCAUACUCCGGUAUCCCUGACAUUGGUUACUUGGGGUUGGAACGGUGACCUGUGUUACUAGUGCUUUGCUUACUUCGUUGUCUCUGGUUGUUAUUUCUCGUGUGUUGUUUCUCUUCUAACUUAGUUAUUGUUAUAUUACUUGAUUUGUUACUGCAUUGGUUGGGUUCAGGGUUACUUAAAAGUAAACAAUAAAAUACCACUGUAAAAUGUGCCGUUUUCUCACACAACUCAAUGCCACAGAUGUCUCAAGUUUUGAGGGAGCGUGCAAUUGUCAUGCUGACUGCAGAAAUGUCCAAUAGAGCUGUUGCCAGAGAAUUUAAUGUUCAUUUCUCUACCAUAAGCCUCCUCCAACGUCGUUUUAGAGAAUUUGGCAGUACAUCCAACCGGCCUCACAACCGCAGUCCACGUGUAACCACGCCAGCCCAGGAACUCCACAUCAGGCUUCUUCACCUGCGGGAUCGUCUGAGGAGGGGGAAGGGAGGGGGGGAUGCUCAGGAGUAUUUCUGUCUGUAAUAAAGUUAUUUUGUGGGGAAAAACUCAUUCUGAUUGGCUGGGCCUGGCUCCCCAGUGGGUGGACAUGGCUCCCAAGUGGGUGGGCCAAUCCCAGGCCCACCCAUGAAAAAGCUACAAACAACCUUCUAGAGAUACAAAAUACUUCAUUGGAGAGGUUUUCCACAAUGAGAUGUAUCCUGGUGACCUUUUUGUCACCUUUGUCAGCUCCCAGACCUGACUCUGUUAUUGAAAAUGCAACAAAAUACUGACUUUGCCUGAGUGGUUCCCCACUAACUCCAUGGAACUAAAGGCUUUUUCUUCCCAUCGUUGACCAAUGCUCUGUGGUAUCAGGGUGUACUCUGGGGUGUGGUAUCAGGGUGUACUCUGGGGUGUGGUAUCAGGGAGUACUCUGGGGUGUGGUAUCAGGGUGUACUCUGGGGUUUGGUAUCAGGGUGUACUCUGGGGUGUGGUAUCAGGGUGUACUCUGGGGUGUGGUAUCAGGGUGUACUCUGGGGUGUGGUAUCGGGGUGUACUCUGGGGUGUGGUAUCAGGGUGUACUCUGGGGUGUGGUAUCAGGGUGUACUCUGGGGUGUGGUAUCGGGGUGUACUCUGGGGUGUGGUAUCAGGGUGUACUCUGGGGUGUGGUAUCAGGGUGUACUCUGGGGUGUGGUAUCAGGGUGUACUCUGGGGUGUGGUAUCAGGGUGUACUCUGGGGUGUGGUAUCAGGGUGUACUCUGGGGUGUGGUAUCAGGGUGUACUCUGGGUGUGGUAUCAGGGUUGUACUCUGGGGUGUGGUAUCAGGGUGUACUCUGGGGUUUGGUAUCAGGGUGUACUCUGGGGUUGUGGUAUCAGGGUGUACUCUGGGGUGUGGUAUCAGGGUGUACUCUGGGGUCUUCUUUCAUAGCUGGACUCAUCUGUGUGUUCCUUAAAUUUAGUUCAGUAACACAACCGUACAACUGUUAUCUCUUCUAAUCUCUGUUUUUGAUUUCAAAGUUCAUUAUGUCAGUUUCCCUGUGAAUGGCUACAUAACUGACCAGUUGAUUCAUGUAAUGUGUGAUUGUGUUUCCUGUAGGGUCGCCUGUUGAAUCUGAGCUGUUCCACAGUGCCCACGUUUGUUCUGUCUAUCACAGCUACUACUCAGGUGAGGCAUCUAGUUUGUUUAUAUGACAGUUGUGUCCAGAAACAGUGGUUUGCACACAAAAACACAACACAAAAAAAAUAUGUAUUUUCUAUUGGUAAAAAUAUAAAUUUCGUAUAAACUUAGACAACAGUCAGUAUCAACUAUAUCGAAGCACCCCUAAAUUGAAUGCUGAGGUGUGUUGUUUUUAUUAGUCAUACUUUUUGCUUUAGAGGUUUGCUGAAGACAGACUAGAGUUAGGAUAUCUCCCGCUCUCCUGUUCCGCUGCUACCUGAGCUUUGUGAGAACGGGAUGUUGGCAGCGUCCAGACUCUGUGAGAACGGGAUGUUGGCAGCGUCCAGACUCUGUGGUGAUCUCUCUCUCUCUCUGUAGGCUCUGGCUCUGAUUGAGUUGUUCAAUGCUCCGGAGGGACGUUACAAACAGGACGUCUAUCUGCUGCCUAAGAAGAUGGGUAAGACCUGGGGCCCGUCCCAAAUGGCACCCCAUUCCCUAUUUAGUGCACUACAUUUGACCAAGCCAUAGGGCUUUUUGGGAAGCAGACCAUCGAUCUGCAUACAUACAAGUAGUCUUUGACUGAGCCUUAUUGAUGAAAAUCUUUAAUGAAUAGAUACCAAAUCUCGAUAAAUUUGGUACCACACAGGUUUCAACGGGCAGUUUGUUUUAUGUGGCUCGAUGUCGCCACCUAGUGCUUUUUCUUUAUUUAACCACAAAACUGCAUUUUUCCAAACAAGUUUGAACAAGAAAUAUGUGUGUGUUUAUGUGGUGUAAUACUACCCAUAUGGGCUCUGGUCUAAAGUAGUGCACUACAGAGGGUAGUGCACUACAGAGGUGCCCUCCUCACAAUCCACCUGUGUCUUCCAUCCAGAUGAGUACGUGGCCAGUUUGCACAUGCCCAACUUUGACGCCCACCUGACGGAGCUGUCUGACGAGCAGGCCAAGUACAUGGGCCUGAACAAGAACGGACCCUUCAAACCCAACUACUACAGGUACUGAGACCUUCUGUUUUUCCCUUUUCCCACCCGAUUCUCUCACUGUUUAAAACAUUGAAGUAAGCCUUGUCCGAACCAGAACAGCCCAUAUCUCCUGUUAUUCUGCAGCUUGGUGUACGAUUACACCCCUGGACAGGACGUCUGUCGAAGGGCCUUGAGAGCCAUUAGGUCCCAUUUUUAGAGUCUUUGGUAUGACUCGACUGGGGAUCGAACUCCAGUGUUGAAAAUUAGCUCUGCAAUAGGGUUGGAGUGAGGACCACUAUCAAAGGCAAACUAAACAAUUAUCCUAGGCUAAAAACAAAGGAAUAGAGGCAAAUCCUGAAAGUGAAAUAAGGAAUUCUAAAUGCAAAAGGUCAAGAGCCAAGUCAGCAAGAAAUAAACAAACAAACAAACAUUCUCUCAAAUAUUUCAGGUAAUAUUACCGGUUGCCUAGGUAAUGACUCUGACAAAACAAAAAACUAAAAGGUAGAAAUACCUUCUCUGAUGAGGUAGUCUGUAUUUGAUUGAGUGUGGUGAUGGGUGUUGGGGAUGAUCUGGGGUUAGGGUUUUAGAUGUGGGUUAGUAGGUGGUACUGAUUUUAGUUUUGGAAAAGGGAACGUAAUCAUACACUCGUGGGACAGCACAAAUAUUAUAUGGCAUGGUACUGUAUUACACAGAUAUUGUGUAGACAAAUUAAAUCGAACUGUAGUCACAUGAUUGUUUUUAAUGAAAUCAUAUCUACUGUCUAUGUCUCCAAGGUAUUGAUGGGAAUGGACAAUGCAGCGACCUGCAACCAGCAACAUCUGGAAUAAGUUCAUAUAAUAUCUCUAUUUUAUUUGAUAAGUUAUUACAAAAUGAAGAAGAAUAAUUAUUUUGCUUAUGCUGAAUGUAAAUUGUAUUAUUAAUAUUGAUUAUAAUAUCUAACUUGUCUUGUCAGGCAUAGUAACAUUGAUAUAAUAUCUAAGUUGUCUGUCAGGUACAUGAAUCAAUCCAUGCAUUUCAAGCAUCUCAAACAACAGCAGAGACCAAUGUGUGUUCCAAAUGGCACCCUAUUCCCUAUAAAAUGUGUUCCAAAUGGCACCCUAUUCCCUAUAAAAUGUGUUCCAAAUGGCACCCUAUUCCCUAUAUAAUGUGUUCCAAAUGGCACCCUAUUCCCUAUAUAAUGUGUUCCAAAUGGCACCCUAUUCCCUAUGUAACGCACCACAUAAGGAAUACGGUGCCAUUUGGAACUCAGCCCCAGAGAAAUAACCAUAAGAAAUGUUAGUCCUAUAUUUUAGUCUGCUGGCUACGCUUUCAUCUCCUGAAGUAUCAAUUUAGCUGCUAAUGCUAAUGUUUCUGAAUCACAAUGUUCAUUAACGUCAAUAUGUCACUGUAAUGUAGUCCUGUUUACUCCUUAAAGUCAUACAUGAUGGUGCCAAAUGAUGGCCGUGAUGUUAAUGGUCGAGAGGAGGAGGAGGAUGAGAGGGUUAUGUUUCCUGUUUCUGUGCACACGCACUCGCUGAUAUAUUAAAUUAAGUUUCAUUCCAUGAGCCAGAAUUGGGUUUGUGAUCCUAACUGGGCUGUUUUUUAAUGUCUGGUGACGCAUUGAAGAAACUCGCUUGACUGGUAUCUGCAUUCAUACUUGUCCUUAAGCUCAGAGUGUGAAUAUGCCUUCUGAGCCACUUCCUUAUCAGUUUAAUCUCAAUGUUAAGUUAAUUCCGUGGCUAUUUCUUAUGUUUGAAAUUCUUCCGAUUUUUAGAGAUUUAAAAGCAUAGUUUGUCCUAGUUGAUCUGUAGCUCGUCCUACGUUGACAGACAUGCCUUGAGGUGAUUUCUGCUUUCACUUCCUUAUGUUGAUCACCUAAAUGAUUUAUACUUGUGAUUGUUGUAACUGGAUGUGAAUUAAUGUAUAAUAUAUCAGAAAUAAACUCCUCCUAUAAUUAAUAAACAGAAAUAUAAGUCUACAAUUUGUUUGUAGAAUUGAAUUAUGAAUGUAAUAGUCUUUGUGUGUGUGUGUGUGUGUGUGUCAGAGAGAGGCUCGAGCGCCCACUCCAGUGUUGCAUUCUUACCUUUUUCAUUUUACCAGCCAGGCCCCGAGGCCCAGGUCUAAAACGACUUCAUGUCAUGUUCAUGAUGCUCUUUCGCGCCUCUUUCCUGAACCUGUCGCGCCAACACACCGCUAUUACCUAUUAA